ACAUAUGGUUGUUUACGAGGAGCACUCGUCUCUUGCGAGGAGGAGAAGAGAACAAGAAUUUCAUCCUAAUUAAUUUAAUUAAUAAUUUCAAUGGAUACAAAAGUUCUUUCUUCUGGAAUCCGGUACUCAAACCUUCCGGAAAGUUUUAUCAGGCCGGAAUCGGAACGACCCCGGUUGUCUGAAGUUUUAGCAUGCGACAACGUUCCUAUUGUCGAUUUGGGCUGUGAGGAUGGUGCCCAAGUAGUUCAACAAAUCGGCUAUGCCUGCAGUAAUUACGGGUUUUUCCAGGUAAUCAAUCAUAAAGUGCCAGAUGAAGUAGUGGCAGACAUGUUGUUAGUGGCAAGUGAAUUCUUCAAGCUGCCAUUAGAGGAGAAGCUGAAGAUAUACUCAGAUGACCCAACAAAGACAAUGAGACUUUCUACAAGUUUUAAUAUGAAAAAGGAGAAGGUACAUAACUGGAGAGAUUAUCUUAGACUUCAUUGCUAUCCUCUUGACAAGUAUAUAUCUGAGUGGCCUUCUGAUCCUCCUCUUUUCAAGGAAAUUGUGAGUAGAUAUUGUAUAGAAGUUCGAAAACUUGGAUUUCGUUUACAAGAACUGAUUUCAGAGAGCUUGGGCCUCCCAAAAGAUCACAUAAGAAACGUUUUGGGUGAGCAAGGACAACAUAUGGCUGUAAACUAUUACCCACCUUGUCCGCAACCUGAUUUGACGUAUGGACUGCCAGGACAUACUGACCCGAAUGCCCUUACAAUUUUACUCCAGGACCUACAAGUAGCAGGACUUCAAGUUUUCAAAGAUGGCAAAUGGCUUGCUGUUAAUCCUCACCCAAAUGCCUUUGUCAUUAACCUUGGUGAUCAACUACAGGCACUUAGUAAUGGAAGAUAUAAAAGUGUGUGGCAUCGAGCUAUUGUUAAUGCUGAUAGAGAGAGAAUGUCAAUUGCUUCCUUCCUUUGCCCGUGUGAUGAUGCAUUAAUCAGCCCGGCAAAACCUCUUACUGAAGGUGAAUCUGGAGCUGUUUACAGGGAUUUCACAUAUGCUGAAUAUUAUAAAAAGUUCUGGAGCAGGAACUUGGACCAAGAACACUGUUUGGAGCUUUUCAAGAACUAAUAAUAUAUAUCCUUUUCAAAUCACCCUAUUAAUUAUACUAUCACUAAACUUUACAUUUAGUUUUAGUUUAAUUACUAAAUUUCAAUUUGUUUCAUUUCAAUUAUUUAACUUUAAUUUAGUUUCCUUCACAAAUGAGAGGUUUUUAUGUUGCAAAAUUAGCCACUGUGAUGUAUCAAUUUCUCGUUGUCGAGGCAUCAAAAUUGUAUCAAAAAAUUAAAAUUAAAUGAUUGCAAAGAAACAAAUUGAAAUUUAGUGAGUGAACUAUAACUAAAUGCAAAGAGUAGUAAUAAGUAUAAUUUGACUCAAAGUGAUUCUAUUACCUUAGUAUUUCUCAAGAUUUCCUAGUGUGGUUUAUAAAGAUUUCCUAGUGUGGUUUAUAAAGAUAGUAGCAGUGCUAUGGAAGCGGUGUUGAUCUUAUUUUACUACAAAGCAAGCAAGGAUGCAUAAUAAAUGAGCCUUCAUUUAUUUUUCUAGGAACUGAAGGAAGCAUCAGUCGUUACUGUAAGCAAUUAAGCAUCAACUUGCCAUAUUAAACCUUUGAAUUACUUCCUUUUAUUAUUGUUAGAAUGUUUGUUCAAAGACUCAUGAGACAAUUUAACUUUCAGUUAUUAUUAUUAUUAUUAUUAUUAUUAUUAUUA